UCACAUUCAUCCUCCUUCAACGAAACAAAAAUAAUAUUCAGCAAAAUUAAUAAUAUAUUCUCAUCAUCAAUGGCAGCCUCAGACGACCAUGGAUCUCUCACCAGAGCUUUCUCAGGUUUUGGAGUGGAUGAGAAGGCAUUCGUAACGAUAUUGGGGAAAUGGCAUCCGGAAGAGAGGCAGAGUUUCAGAAAAAAGAGCGGAGAUUUCUUUGUUGAAGACGAACGUCAAUUCGAAAGGUGGGACGAUCGCCAUAUCUUGCAGCUGCGUAAUGAGUUUUUACGUCUCAAGGACGCGAUUGUGCUUUGGACUAUGCAUCCAUGGGAGAGAGACGCAAGAUUAUUGAAAGAAGCGUUAUACAAGGGACCUCAAUAUAACGUACUCAUUGAAAUCGCGUGCACAAGAUCGUCUGAAGAGUUGUUGGGUGCACGCAGAGCUUAUCACUCCCUCUUCGAUCACUCGAUCGAAGAAGACGUCGCUUCUCAUAUUCGUACUCCCGAGAAAAAGCUUUUGGUUGCACUAUUGAGUUCUUAUAGGUAUGAAGGGCCAAAAGUGAGUGAUGAAAUUGCAAAAUUAGAGGCGGAGACAAUAUCAAAUGUGACAAAGAAAGGGGAUAAUAGUGUUAUUGAAGAUGAUGAUAUUGUAAGAAUAUUAUCCACAAGAAGUAAGCUUCAUCUUGUUGCACUUUACAAGCAUUACAAGCAAAUUACUGGCAACUACUUGGAUGAGGAUAUCGCACUCGGUGGUAACUCGCAUCUAAAAGCGACAACUCAGUGUUUAUGCACACCUCCAACGUACUUUAGCCAGGUGUUGGACGCAUCAUUGAAAUAUGAUGUGGAUGAAAUAACCAAAGAAGCCGUAACAAGAAUCAUAGUGACAAGAGCCGAUGCGGACAUGAAACAAAUCAAAGAAGAAUAUAAUAAAACAUUUGGCGUCCAUCUCUCCCACAAAAUUGAAGAUUUGGCCAAUGGGAACUAUAGAGAUUUCUUGCUUACUUUAAUUGCAAGAGGAGAUUAAUUAAUUCCAUUUCUUUGCAUGUUUUUUUUUUUUUUUUGUUUUUUGAAUCUAAGUUUGGAAUUUGGACCCCUAAUAAGUAUGUUUUUUAUUUAUUUUUUAAUCCAAUUUUCUUGAUGAUUUUUUAAGACUGUUCAAAAUAUUUUGUUUGAGGUGUUGAGUAGCAUCUCUUUUGUUUGAUGUUAAUGUUUAAUGCUAUCAAAUUAUGAUGAUUUGUUUAAUGUUUGAUGUUUAAAUUU